AUGAAUGAUACUGGAAACUUUAUGCUCUUGCAUAGUGACUCUAGUCUAGAGUGGGAGAGUUUCCAAAAUCCAACUGAUACCAUGUUGCCUACACAAGCAAUGAAUUCUGGAGGGGUUCUUUAUUCUCGCCAAUCUGAGACCAACUUCGCACAUGGAAGGUUUCACUUCCGUCUACUUCAGGAAGGGAAUCUUGUGCUCAAUACCAGAGAUGUACAAUCAAAUUUUGCUUAUGAGCCUUAUUACAAUAGUGGCACUGACGAUUCUUCUAACACUGCUAAUUCAGGUUAUCAAGUAGUCUUCAACCAGACGGCUCAAAUGUACAUAUUGAAAAGAAACAACCAGAGAAUGGAUCUUACGAUGGAUUUGGUACCUUCCACAAAGGAUCAUUAUCAUAGAGCAACUCUCAAUUUUGAUUGA